UCCUUGUGCCUUCUCCCUCGCGACGACGCGCUCUCGUCCCCCUCCGCCUGCGCGCACCGCCUCAAGCCUUGGUCUUGGCGUGCCCAAUCCCCCACCUCGUCCUCCUAACGCUUGUCCCCGCCCGCUCCCCACCCUGAUCUACCUGUCUCUACCCUUACCUCUUCCAUUUCUACUUCUCCCCGUUGCUGCUCUGCUCCUGCUGCCACAAGAGUAUUCGCCUUCAAUCGUUGCUCGUGCCUGUGAUUUCGUGCUGCACGCCGACUUGUUUGUCGUUUUCGCUGUCGUCUUCUGUUGGAUCGGAUUUGUCUGGAUCGCUUCCGAGAUCGGAUCUAUGCUGUUGCGGGUCAGCAUCAGUGGCGCAGCGUGGUUGUACGUUUGCUGUGUUGCUGUAUCACUCUGCGUCUCUGCAAGUGCUAAACCAGUCACUUUAUGGACGGUGGUUCCUGUGGUCUCGAGGGAGCGUCGGUAGUGACAUCUACUACCAGCGCUGGUAUUCAGCUUCUGCCAGAGAAGCACUACGCCGAUGAAGCUUGUGGAGCCAUGGCGAGCAGUAAUGGUCCUGAAGGAGUGCCAGUAGUGACUUCUGCUGAUGACCCUCCGACCCGUGCCGAUAUUCCAUUUCUCUGCAAUUCAGUUGAUGAAACCUGUGAAGCCACAGGGGACGACAGUGCUCCCUUGAAUGCUCAGAUAUGUACGGGUUUCUCUAAGUUGAUCAGCUUGGAGGUGAAGAAAGGCCUCCAGAAGUGCGCGACGUUCCCACCCUCGUCUGGUCAGCCUCAGCAGGAGGAUUGUUCAUGCUCCCAUGUAGGUGAUGGCCUCACGGGUGCUCCUGCUUUCUGGCGAUUUGUGUCCUUACCUAGCUCAGUUCCAAUUGUUUAAAGUUGCACAUGACCUGACAUC